AUGGCUAUUGUACAUUCCAGGAAAAAGACUGUAGCAUGGUCAGUGCCUUUCAAUCCUGAGACCCAGGGAACAACUGUCAAAUCCGGUGCUAAGAGCAAGGUACGAUACUCGGACGGAGUUUUGCGUCGAACCAACUGGGUGGGCAAUGUGCUUGAAGAUACCAUCCUGCAGAUAUUUGCCAAUGGGGAGAUGGAUGUGUUUGUAAACAUAGUCAAGGUUGAAGUUGUUCCAAGCUACUCUGCACUGAAGGUUUGGUGGGAGGCGAGCGGAGUGCAGGAAAAAGACAAACAAACUCAACAGCUCCUUGAAACACAGGCUGGCAAACUCAGGCACUUGUUACUUCAGUCUCAGGUGUGUGGGCGCGUGCCUCCGGUCGUGUUCAUGAGGGAUAUCAGCGUAGCUCGCCAGAAGCAAAUAGAGGAGCUACUUCACAACCUUGACACAGGGCCUCCAGAUACAGAAUUGGAGCAGGAGGAGACAGAGAAAGACAAGCUUGAACAUCAGGGAGAUUGGAAAAGGAAACGAGCACAGAAAUCUGCUGGGCAUAGCAGUGAUUUGGUGGUACAACCAGGUGAAACUGAUGUUGAAAGAAUUGAGUUUGAGGAUAAAUUGUUUGAUAGUCAUGAAGUUGAUAGUAAUAUAUGUGAAGAUGUAUCAUACAGUUUUGAUCAAGAAUUGAGUGUUGAAGAGAAAGGGGUGGAUGGAAAUGAUUCAAAAAGAGUAAGAACUAGUGACUUCAAGUUUAGACAAGAUCUGUAUGGGUUACAGCAUGAUUCCCUCAUGAAGAAAGUGCUAGAUAGCAAGCUGGCAAGAAGGCCCCUUGCUGCAGUAGAGGAAAAAGAAACAUUCAAAAGGGCUUAUAAGCCUUUUAAAGUAUCAAAAAGAAGAUUAGAAAGGCAGACUUAUGGAUACAAUAAUUAUGAUGAUUAG